GUCCAAUUCCAUCUAAGAAUUAACACACAUCAUGAACACAUUCAAAGUGUACAUCGUCAUCGCUUUAGCUACUUUAGCCACAGCAGAACCUCCAUCUAGCUAUUCAUAUAGUAGAGCAAGCGGCGGAGUCGGUGGUGGAUACUCAGGAGGUUCCCUCGGUGGUGGAUGGCCAGGAAGCAAUAAUGGCGGAUACACAGCUGUUUCCACAGGAUAUCAGACCUCUGAGGGUAUUGCUGUUGAUCCACAAUUAUUAGAACAAGUACGACAAAUUUUACUUAAAGAAGAACAAGCUGGUGGCGGUUGGCAAUCAAACAAUGCUGGUUGGCAAUCAUCGCCUAGUUCAUCAUAUGGAGUACCAUCGUACACAUCAUCUGGUCGUGUAAUUGGUCUUGAUCUUGAAGGAAUCCGCCAAUCAAUUCAAGUAGCCCAAUACAAACAAGGACCCGUUGGUAGUGUAAAUGGUGGCUGGACAAGUGGAGCAUCCAACUCGUACAGUGUAUCAAAUGGGCCAUCUAGCUCAUAUGGAUAUUAGACUGAAUCAACAUCUCUAAAAUAAAUGAGAAAGCGGGCAAUAAUAUUCAGACCAAUAGACUUUUCGUCUACAAAAAAUACAUCGGCUGGAUAAAACUCUCUUAUGAAUAAUCAUGUA